AUGGCUGCAACAAUCUCAGUCUCGGUCUCUCUCAAUCUCCCCUCAAAUUCGCAACCCUACAGAAGACUGCCCUUAAUCCUUUCACCUUCAAAUCUCCAACACCCUUUUCUUCCUCUCCACAAAUCUUGCCAUUUCAACUCCAGAUUCUGUUUCUCCUCAAACUGCUCUUCUUCUCCUUCUUCAUCACCAUCAUCAACAACAACAACAAAUACAGAAACACCAAGCGCUUCCAGCACCUAUUCAUAUCUUGAGGAUUCAUUUAAAACAGGGAGGUUCUUGAGCAAUGAAGAGAUUGAAAAGCUUAAAGCACUUCAAGAUUUCACAUAUUAUCAACAACUUGAAACUGGGUCUAUUUUGGUUCGGGUGAUGAAGCCAGAAGAGAUGGAUAUCACCGUUAAAUUGCUUGCAGAGUCAUUUGCCGAGUCUAUGUUGUUGCCUGUUAGUUAUUUGUCUUUGUUGAGGUACUUUGUGAAGCAGUACUUGAUUGAAAGGAGAGCUGCGAUGCCUCAUGCAGUUACGCUUAUUGGGUUUUAUAAAGGGGAACGAGAGAUGAAUAGUGGAGAAGAAGAGGAGGACCUCGAAGAGUUGGCAGGGACUGUGGAGGUUUGUUUUGACAAAAGAGGUGCUAAUGCUUCUCCUCCCACACCUACCCCUCCUAAGAAUGCUCCUUACAUUUGCAACAUGGCUGUUAAGCAGUCACAUCGUAGGAGGGGAAUUGGUUGGAAUCUUCUGAAGGCAAGUGAGGAACUGAUUUCUCAGAUGAGUAGCAUGCAAGAUGUGUACUUGCACUGCAGAAUGAUUGAUUCAGCCCCCUUCAACAUGUAUACAAAAGCAGGUUACAAUAUCAUUAAAACUAAUAGCAUAUGGGUCCUAUUGAUGUUGCAGAGGCGCAAACAUUUGAUGUGCAAGAAACUUGCAGUCUUAAAGAGCCCUUCGGAACUUGAUAUUUCAGGCUCUGAUAUGGAAUUUUCUUCACAAAUGGAUACGUGGAAGUCAUGA